AUGGCUUUUGAUGGGCAAAAAUCUUCUAAUUCCACACCAGCAAAGAAAACUCAAAAUGAUACUUCUACUCCACAGGUGGUUAGUCAGCCUGCACUUGUUCCAAGUUUACUUUCUAAACCAGUAGAGAUACCCCAGUUUACAAGUCCAAGUACUUCUAAUAUUUCAAAGGGUAAGAAUUCAGUACCUCCAGCAGAAGCUAAUACAAAUGGUGAAAUUCCUUUCACUGAGGUUAUAAGAGGAGUUUCUAAUCCAGGUUUAAAUCCUAUCUCUACUCCUACUAUUCAAAUCAAUAAUAACCAAUAUGAAGUUUUACAAGAUAAUGAUAAUGAAUAUUCUGAAUCUGAAGAUGGUAAAAUUAAGGAAGUAAGUACUUCAAGUUUAUUAGAAUUUGGUUCAAUAUCUCAACCAGUUACUAUUUUGCAAAAAGAAAAGGUGAUAACUCAGUAUAUUCCUGAAAAAAUUGAAAAUUCCAAAGUAUCUGGAAAGAAAAAACCUCCAUUAAAACCAGUUGUAGUUACAAGGAAGGCUAGUAAGAGAGGUGGUAGAAGUCCUCUUAAAUCUGCAAUGAGUGACUUUAAUGAUUUUGUUGAUGCUUGUGGAUUAAUUCAAGCUCCUAAAAGUGGCCUUGAGUUCUCCUGGUGUAAUGGCAGAGUUGGGAACAAAAGAAUUCUAUGUAAUUUGGAUAGAGCACUUUUUAAUUUGAAAUGGAUUGAUACCUUUAGUGGUUGGCAUUAUCAUGUAGCUGCAAGAGGGAUUUCUGAUCAUGGUCCUCUUAUUGGUUCUGACACUCUUAUUGGAAGGGCUUUAAAUACUCCUUUCAGGUUUCAACAAAUGUGGCUUACUCAUCCUUCCUUCUUACAAAUGGUCAUUGAUUCUUGGAAUGAAGAUAUUACUGGUAAUCUUAUUUUUAUUUUUAUGAACAAAUUAAAAAGACCGAAGAAAAUUCUAAAGAUUUGGAACUGGGAAGUUUUUGGAAAUGUUCAAGAAAACCUUAAAAAAGAUGAAGACAAAGUUAUGGAAGAAACUAUAAAAUCAGGUGUUGAUCCUGCCAAUAUUUUUUUAUUGAAUAAAAUGGUUACUGCUAGAGGUAAUUAUGAAAUAGCUGCAAAUAAUUAUAAUACUUUUUUGAGGGAUAAAGCCAGACUAAACUGGAUUAAGGAUGGUGAUGUGAAUUCCAAGUUUUUUCAUACUAGCAUUAAAAUGAGACAAGCUCAAAAUACUAUUCCUGAAUUGGAGAAUGAUUCAGGAAACAUUAUUACUACUCAGGGCAUUUCAAAGAUUUUAAUUGACUACUUCAAGAAGAAAUUUGAAUACCAGUCAGUUCAAAUAAAUGAAUCUAUUUUUGAUGUUGCGUCUCAUCUUAUUUCUGAAGCUGACAACUGUGUCCUAGAAGAAUGUCCAAAUGAAGAGGAGAUUAAGCAUGUUGUUUUUAAUUUGAAUGUUGAUAGUGCACCUGAUCCUGAUGGGUUCACUGGAAUUUUUUAUAGAGCAGCUUGGGAAAUCGUAAAGGACAACCUAGUGGAUGUUAUUCAAUUCUGUUGGAGAUACAACAUAAUACCAAGUGGUAUGAACUCCAACUUUCUUGUCUUGAUUCCUAAAAUUAAAGGAGCUAAAACUGCAAAAAGCUUUAGACCUAUAGGUCUUAGUAAUUUCUGUUUUAAAAUUAUCACUAAGAUGAUUACUGAGAGACUUACUAGAUAUCUGCCAAAUCUUAUUUCUCAGCAGCAAUAUGCUUUUGUCAAAAAUAGAAAUAUUCAUGAGCAAAUUUUGCUAGAUUCUGAACUAGUGAAUGAGAUGUCAACUAUUAGAAGAAGGGGUAAUGUUGGUCUUAAACUAGACAUAUCACAAGCUUAUGACAUUAUGAGCUGGGAAUUUUUAUACAGAGCCUUAAAAAAAAUUGGUUUUUCAGCAAAAUUCUGUAAUUGGAUCAUGGUUCUUCUCCAAUCUGCUAAAUUGUCUAUCAUGCUUAAUGGAGGACCGAUUGGCUUUUUUGGUGUUGGUAGAGCCUUAAACAGGGAGACCCACUUUCUCCAAUCCUGUUUAUUUUAG